AUGACCGCCCAUCUCGCACCGGCCGGCAGCAAGUCUGAGCCCCAAGCGGUCCCAGACUCUGAGCUCCUGGCUCAGCGGCAACCGAUCAUGGCCCCGCCAAUGCCUUUGGCGGCGCCGGCUCUUGAUGAUGAAAAGCCUCUUCCCCCUGUAGCGGACCUCGCCGAAGAAGGACCGAUGUCUCCUUUGUCUCCUCUUCCUCGCGCGUUGGUGAAGGCGGAAGACACACCCGAGGAGCAAGAUGUCGAUGAAGAACGCUGCGAGAUCGAGGAGAUCGUCGCAACACAUACCCGUCUACCUAUGGUCCGUGUGCGGUGGAAAGACCAUCAUCCUAUUGAUGACCACUGGGUCGCUUAUCAAAACGUCAGCGAGGAGUCGAUCAUCGCUUAUUUUCACCCCGCUCCCGUUCCACCCCCCACUGGCGGGCCGGUGCCCGACUCUCACCGAGUCUACAAAACUCUUGAAGAGGUUAUGAGUCCAACAAUGGAACUUCUCGAUAAUAAUCGUGUCUUGAGCGGAGAUGCACGCUGUCGUUCGUGCAAGAAGAGAUAUCCCGAGUACGACUGCGUACGCAGCUUACGAUACCGGUCAACCAGAGCUGGCACUCCCCCGUGCAAUGCAUGCCUCAUCGGCGGCGAGACCUGCAGCGUCUCAGGAACUCGUCGAGCCACAGCUCCUACAGCUCCUAGAUCUCGCGGCGCGCCUCCGCCAGCACUCUCGUCUUCUAUUGUGCCCGUCAUAUACGCUCCUCCCCCAGUGCUUCCACUCGCGACCAAUACGCAUGCGCCUGCGCCCGUUCGCACGCCUGCAGUGCCUCCACCCAGCCAGGAUCUCGCUUCAAGUUCGUCAUCGACUGCUCCUCCGCGACCGCCUUCACUCACGACUGCGUCUGCGAGUUCGACCAUUCGCAUGUCCACGCCGGCGGCUGGCCUUGCGAUUGCCUGGCCCUCGUCAUCGAGUGCUCACCCGGUCUCCCGUCCAUUGCCGGGUGGCUUCCCAGCGAGCGCGAGCGAAGUACGCGGGCCGUCAGCCCUGACGGAGUACUGUACCGGGCAGAUGUCCGACACGUCUGCUGGACCCCCGAGUCUCUCUCCGGCUCGUAUACUGGCGAUUGAGCAUCGCACGCAUGAUUCUGAGGGCCGAUUAGCACAUCUGGAAGAGCGCGUCGCUUUCUUCGAGCAUUUCAUGGCGGAGAUGCGCAGGGGCCCAUAA